CGGGGUCCAACACGGUGCUGGAGCGGGGACUUUAUUGUUGAAUCUACUGUACAUAAAUAUAUAUAUUUUUCAUUAAGCGGAGAUGAAGAUGCUGGGGAACUGGAGGAGCAUUUCCUCCCACAUGUGCAGCAGCAGCCUCCCUCUUCUCUGGAUCUUCGUCGGCUUGAAUGUGGUGGAGGUGGCGGGGUCCCAGCAAGGAAUCCCCCUGUCAGUGGUAAAGCUCUGGGCCUCAGCGUUUGGUGGAGAAAUUAAAUCAAUUUCUGCAAAAUAUUCUGGAUCCCAGUUACUGCAGAAGGAGCUAUGGGCCAUCACAGCGCCACGUCCUGGGACCAACUCCAGCUCUGAGGCCAUCGCCUCCGGGAAGGGCAGCAGCAGGAUUAAUUCUAAAAGCUCCACUGCAUGUCUUGGAGGGUGGGAGGAAAGCGGAACGCCCAGAGGAAAUCCACGCAAACAUGGGGAGAGCAUUCAAACAGCGUUUAGAAAACGGCUCCAGGGUCCAAACCUGGGACCUCCCUGCUCUGAGAAAUAUAAAGAAUUGGAGAAGUCUGUCCGAGUGGAAGAAAUCGAUGGAGUGAAGCUGGUCAAAAAUCUGGCUCUGAAGAUGGAGGAGAUGUUCCGCAAAAAAGCAGAGGCCACCAGGCGGCUGGUGGAGGCGGCAGAGGAAGCGCACCAUCAACACGAGGACAAUCCGGACCUGCAGUAUGAAUACUUCAACGCUGUGCUGAUCAACGAGGUGGACGAGGAAGGUAACAACGUGGAGCUCGGCGCAGAGUUCCUCCUGGAGCCCAACGACCAUUUCAAUAACCUGUCGGUCAACCUGAGCCUCAGCGUGGUGCAGGUGCCCACCAACAUGUACAACAAAGAUCCUGACAUAGUGAACGGAGUUUACUGGUCCGAGGCCUUGAAUAGAGUGUUUGUUGAUAAUUUUGAGAGAGACCCCACGCUCAUCUGGCAGUACUUUGGGAGCGCCAAGGGUUUCUUCAGGCAGUACCCUGGAGUGAAGUGGCAUCCAGAUGAACACGGCGUCAUCGGCUUCGACUGCAGAAAUCGAAAGUGGUAUAUCCAGGCAGCAACGUCUCCAAAGGAUGUGGUUAUCUUAGUGGAUGUUAGUGGAAGUAUGAAAGGUCUGAGGCUGACCAUUGCCAGACAGACCGUCUCCUCCAUAUUAGACACUCUGGGAGAUGACGACUUCUUCAACAUAAUUGCAUAUAAUCAGGAGAUUCACUAUGUGGAGCCUUGUUUGAAUGGAACGCUGGUGCGGGCCGACCGAACCAAUAAAGACCAUUUCCGUGAACAUCUGGACAAGCUGUUUGCCAAAGGGAUUGGGCUGCUGGGCGAAGCUCUGACCGAAGCGUUCACAAUCCUGAGUGAUUUCAAUCAGACUGGUCGUGGCAGCUUGUGCAGCCAGGCCAUAAUGCUGGUGACCGACGGGGCGACUCAAAUGUACGACAACGUUUUUGAGAGGCACAACUGGCCAGAAAGAAAGGUGCGGAUCUUCCCCUACCUGAUCGGACGAGAGUCGGCGUUCGCUGAUAACCUGAAAUGGAUGGCUUGUGCCAACAAAGGAUAUUUCAGUCAGAUCUCCACCUUAGCAGACGUUCAGGAGAACGUGAUGAGGUACCUUCACGUCAUGAGUCGACCAAAGGUUAUCGAUCACGAGCACGACACAGUGUGGACUGAAGCGUAUGUGGACAGUGCUCUCUCACAGGCUCAUAAAUUGAAAGACAAAGCAGGCCCGAGUCUAAUGACCACAGUAGCCAUGCCAGUCUUCAGCACAAAGAAUGAAACGAGGAACCAGGGUAUUCUGUUGGGGGUCGCAGGAACAGACAUCCCUCUGCAGGAGCUGAUGAAGCUCAUCCCCAAACAUAUGUUAGGGAUCCACGGGUACGCGUUUGCCAUCACGAACAACGGCUACAUCCUGACCCAUCCGGACCUCAGGCCUCUGUAUCAGGUGGGUCAGAAGAGGCGGAAGCCAAACUACAGCAGCGUGGAUCUUUCUGAGGUGGAGUGGGAGGACAAAGACGACAUUCUACGUAACGCUAUGGUGAACAGGAGGACAGGGACGUUCUCUAUGGAGGUGAAGAAGACAGUGGACAGAGGGAGGCGCGUCCUGAAAAUGCACAAUGACUAUUACUACACUGACAUUAAAGGAACUCCAUUCAGUGUCGGAGUGGCUCUGUCCAGAGGCCAUGGCAAGUUCUUCUUCAGAGGAAAUGUGUCAGUCGAAGCAGGGCUCCGUGAUCUGGAACAGCCAGAUGUCGCCCUGGCAGAUGAAUGGAACUACUGCAACACAGAGGAGCAGCAUGAGCAUCGUCACCUCACCCAGAUUCAAGCCAUCAAGCUCUUCUUGACGGGUCGCAGACCACACCUCAAAUGUGACAGGGAGCUGAUCCAGGAGGUUUUAUUUGAUGCGGUGGUGACUGCUCCACUGGAGGCCUACUGGACUGGACUGGCCCUCAACAAGUCAGAGAACUCAGACAAAGGAGUGGAGAUCACCUUCCUGGGAACGCGCACCGGCCUGUCGAGGACCAACCUGUUUGUCCCUGCAGAUCAGCUCUCCAGUCAAGAUUUCCUGACAGCGGAGGACAAGGAGGGUGUGUUUAAUGCUGAUCACUUCCCUCUGUGGUACAAGAGAGCAGCAGAGCAGGUCCCCGGCACGUUCAUCUACUCCAUCCCCUUCAGCACAGCUUUAGAGAAUAAGAGCGUGGUUUUGGCCAGCACAGCAAUUCAGCUGCUCGAUGACAGAAAGUCUCCAAUUGUUGCAGCUGUCGGGAUUCAGAUGAAGCUGGAGUACUUUCAGAGGAAGUUCUGGACAGCCUGCAGACAGUGUACAGCUCUGGAUGGAAAAUGUAGCAUUAGCUGCGACAAUGAGGACAUUAACUGUUAUCUCAUCGACAACAAUGGAUUCAUUCUGGUCACAGAGGAGCACUCUCAGACAGGGCUUUUCUUUGGAGAGGUGGAGGGGGCCGUUAUGAACAAACUUCUCCAGAUGGGGUCCUUCAAAAGGAUCACGCUGUUUGACUACCAGGCCCAAUGCAAAGAGUACGCUGGGAGCAGCGACAGUGCACGUACUUUAUCUGACCCUUUCACUGUGGUUAAGUGGCUCCUGACUGAACUUGUCAUUUUUCUGCUAGAAUUUAACUUGUACAGUUGGUGGAACGUGGACCUGACAGUAAAAGCUCAGAGGUCUCGGGGUAAAACCAUGAUGGUUCCAUGUGACACCGAAUAUCCUGCUUUUGUCUCUGAACGCACCAUCAAAGAAACAACAGGCAACAUCGACUGUGAGGGCUGCAUCAGGUCUUUUGUCAUACAGCAGAUUCCCAGCAGCAACCUCUUCAUGGUUGUCGUGGACAAUAAGUGUGACUGCAGCAGUUCUCCUCCAGUGACCAUGGAUCCCAUCGAGAUCAUGUACAACGAGUCCCUGAAAUGUGACAGACUGAAGUUUCAGAAGGACAGAAAGAAACCUGAAUCCUGUCAUCCGUUCCACCCUGAGGAAAAUGCCAUGGAGUGUGGUUCAGCAACACGCCUCUCCAGUGCCCUAACAGCGGCUCUGCUCCCUCUGAUAGCAGCGGCCGUCAGCAGGUGACCGUGAGCAGCAGGACUGGACCCGAGGACGACCUCAACUAGAAUAUGCUUAUAAACACAUAGAGAAUAUGGCCAAUCAGAGAUGAAUUUGCUCAUUAGCUCUGCAACUGGCAGCGCUCCACUAGGAAACAAAAAAAAAAACUGUAGCACUGAGACUCGCAUCCAUUAAUGCAGAAAUCAUGAACGAUGUGGCGCAGCAAAAGAAAGUGAGAUUCACGGGAGUGCUUGGUGACUUUGCUCAGAGCAUUGCAGUUCACUGUUUGCCAUAUUGUCCCGAAAGUGCGCUGAAAUUAAACAAGAGAAAGCAACAUGUCUACAGUCAAAGCAAAGGCAUAGGAGAAGAGAAACAUAGUACUUUGUGCAAAAGAUGAUAUAAGACAUCAAACAUGUUUUUUUAUCGCAAAGUACAAACCGAAAGUUCAUGUGAAAGUCUACAGAAUGUAAAAUGCACUUUCGUCAUGUGAAAAGGAGGCAGAGCGCUCUGUAUUCCUGGCAUUAAAAUGCUAUACAAAAAAAAAACCCACUAAUGACAGUGGCGUCAUAUUUUUUCAUACAUUCCUCAGAUAUUUUAAGUUUAUUUUUGAACUGAGUUCUUUCUGAUGUUGAUAAUAAUGUGGAUGAUGUAAAAUACCAGAGAGAAAACAGAACUCGUGAACUUUCCUCUGUCAGUUUCUCCUCGUUUUAAAGCAGGAGUCGGUUCAGAUGAGCUAAAGAUGCAUGAUGAAGAUUCAACAAAGUGUGUUCGAAGAAUGUCACGUUCAUACAUCCAGCCAUGAUUUGUCAAGGUGACCACAUCUUCUCACCUGUGCGUUUGAGAGAGCUGACGAAUAAACACAAAGAAAUAUUUUA